AUGGAUUCCUCUCCAGGGGCUACCGUCAACUCCCCGUCCCAUAGCCCGCAGGAAGUCGGAAGAUUUGAUCGAAAAGGUGCUAACGCACUCUACGAUCCAGAGAGUUGUCGUACUAAAGUACGUGGCUGGGCAGUGAAAGAUAUGUACUAUCAUAAAGACGAGACCACUGAAAAUACUGUGGUCGAGGAGCAGCUGAUACAGCAUUGGCUCAAACUGAUUCAGAAUCGAGGGAAUGAAACUCGUGGGAAUAUAUCGAGGUACAUCAAAGCCACUGCAGAGGAUAUGCGACAGGCUUCGUGA